UCCCAAUUCAGAGUCGAACCUUCGACCUCGCAGCCCCAUUCGCUGCUAUUUUUUUGAAAAGAGAAUGGGAAUCCAGAAAAAGGCAAUGUUUAAUGUUAUUUGAGGAAGGGGUGGUUGAAGAAAGUGGGAAAGAAGCAGCAAGCGGAAAGUAGAGGGAGUCGCUUUCUGCUUGUAACACUCUCAAUAUUUCCAUCUACGUGAAACGCGGUUGAUAAACAACUCUAUCAUAAUGAAUACACAGAAAUAGCCAACAAUGACGACUCUUUUUACUUUUCCUUCUUCUCCACCACCCCCAACUCUAACAUCAAUAAGCCUCUUCUCCCAUCCUCCUCCUUCUUAUUCUUCUGUUCAUUCUCCAUUUUCCUUCCCUCCGGCCAAUCAAACAUAUAGGAUUACCAGUUGAGAAAUCAAAUCUAGCAAGGCUCACAUGUAAUUUACUCAUCAAGAGGCACUAUCAAUUGAUUUAGAAUAUUUGUCCUUGCAAAACGGAAUUGGACAUGACUUGUUGCUUCUUUGGUGCCCGGAAAAAGAGUGGCGAUCUUGUUCAUCAUGAUACAAGCGAUACAGGAGGUGACUCCAUUUCAAACACAAAGAAUUUUUCAUUUAAUGAAUUACGAUUAGCAACCAACAGCUUCAACCAGUCUAAUAAAAUAGGGCGAGGCGGUUUUGGCACAGUAUACAAGGGAACUCUAAAAAAAGGAAAAGAAAUAGCUGUGAAGACACUUGCAGCAGAAUCAAGGCAGGGUUUGCGGGAGUUUUUGACAGAAAUUGAGACAAUAUCAAAUGUUAAACAUCCAAAUCUAGUUGAGAUAAUUGGACGCUGUGCUGACGGAAAUAACCGGAUUUUGGUCUAUGAAUAUCUGGAAAACAGAAGUCUUGAUCAAGCACUGUUUGGUUCAGGGACUAGAAUUAAGUUAGAAUGGGGAAAAAGGGCUACUAUUUGCUUGGGUACCGCUCAAGGUAUUGCGUAUCUACAUGAAGAGCUAGUGCCACAUAUAGUGCACAGGGACAUAAAAGCUAGUAAUAUUCUUCUUGACAAGAAUUAUACACCAAAAAUUGGAGAUUUUGGUCUUGCCAAACUUUUCCCAGAUAACAUCACUCAUAUCAGCACAAAGAUAGCAGGAACAACUGGCUAUCUGGCACCUGAAUAUGUAUUAGGCGGACAAUUAACGAUGAAGGCUGAUGUUUACAGUUUUGGGGUCCUAAUACUUGAAAUAGUGAGUGGCAGGAGCAGCAGCAGCAGUAUUUGGCAAAGCGAUAAAAAGUCACUCCUUGAAUGGGCCUGGCGGCUCUAUCAAGAGGAAAAGCUAUUGGAGUUGGUGGAUGAAGAACUAGACGAUUUCCCGGAAAAAGAAGUGGUCAGGUACAUCAAGGUAGCUCUCUUCUGCACACAAGCAAAUUCAAACAGAAGACCAAUGAUGAGCCAGGUUAUUGAGAUGCUUUCGAGAAAUAUACAGCUAAAUGAGAAAGAACUUACACCACCUGGUUUCUUCGAAGAUUAUGGAGGAGAAAGUACGCGAUCAAAAUUGAAGUUGUCUGAAUGCAGUACUAGUCAACAAAGUUUUUCACCCCUCACAAUCACUCAGGUGACCCCUAGAUAAUCAUCCUUGCUGAUCAGGACGUGAAUCACUCUUCCCAGUAGAUUGUUUGCAGCUUAAGGUGACGUUUGUUUGAGAUUUUCAAGGAUUGAGUUUGCAGACUUCUUUAUUUUGGAGUUUUCACACACACAAAAAAAAAAAAAAGGAUGAACAAUUUUGAUUCCAGAUUUAGUAUUUCAAAGAGUCGAAAACUAGUCUCUAAAGUUCUUGAAAUAUUUGAGUCUGAAAAUGUAGUUCAGACACUUUUUCACAUCAAUCAAACAUUGAGUUUGCAAACUCAAAUUUUAGAAAGUUUCAAACGAAUGCCAUCUAAGUUGAGAGAAGAUUGAUAUUGCAGAACUAGUGAUAUAGGAAGAUAUUGUUAAAGACAAAAUUCCAGCAAUUCAUGUGUUAUAUUUUUGUUUUAUCCUUAAUUACUGUUGUUCUAUACGUUUUCCCUCAAUUUUUUGGUCCUUUCUUUACGUUAUUAUUUUCUUUGUGACAGGUAGAAUAGGUGAUUAUGAUUGCAUUCAUAUCCAACUUCUUAGGUCCUUUCUUUACGUUAUUAUUAUUUUUUUCUGACAGGUAGUAUAGGUGAUUAUGAUUGCAUUCAUAUCCAACUUUUUAUGUGUAGACAUGGCUCAAGAAAUAUCAUUGCAUUGUACUUUCACCACUCAAACGUCACUAUAAAAUUUUAGCAGUUACAAAAUAAAGUUGAGAGUA